CGGAAGCAUCAGACGGACAAACAUCACUGAAAACAGGUUGAACUUGUUUUGGGUUGGUUUGUUUGUUUAAACCCAGCGUAUUGUUCUCGGCUAUGUCUCAGAGUGCACUGAGGAGAUUAGCUACAGAAUGUUGUAGUUUUAACAGAUUUGUGAAUAUCAGGACAUUUUUGCGAGCGCUUCACAUUUCGGAGAGAAACCUGUCCGCUUCCGGUUCCGGUGGAGUGAAGGACGGCGGGGGAAAGCAGUUCGACGUUUCUUUACUCGAGUUCCUUGUGUGUCCGCUGUCUAAGAAACCUCUCAGAUACGAGGAAACAACGAAUGAACUAAUCAACGAAGAGCUUGGCAUUGCGUACCCCAUCCUGGAUGGCAUCCCGAACAUGAUUCCUCAGGAUGCACGCCUGAUCAAGGAGACCCAAGGAGCUGAAAAACCGGUUCAGUCUUAA